AUGGUCACGGACGGCCUCACACUCGAGCCGUUGGGAUUCAACUUUCGGUACGACCCCGUGACCGACUUGCUUGCCUUCGAGGGCACCGGCAAGGACGGCUCACAAAGCCCCUUUGCGGCCGGCGCCAACUUCACCUUCAGCGACGACAAGGGUGCUCCCUACACGGCCGUGACCAAGGCUGGGUCCGUGGCCAUUGUGCGCCAGUCAGACGGCACGGCCGUUCCGUCAGUUGCCUUUAGCGACCCCGCGCUUGGGCAAGCCAUCUCGGUCAGCACUGUCAACAAGGUCAUUCAGGUCAACGCUUCCGAUUCAUACGGUCUCCUGACGACCUUUGUGCCCUCAACGCCGCACACAGUGUUCAAGGACGAAGCAACCAAUCGGCUGUACGUCCCGAAGCCUGUCACAGAGCCAGCCUUCACAUACAACGUCGCGUCGGGCAAGUACCUUUCAACAGGCUACGACAACUUUGCGUACCAGAACACCGACAUGGGUUCACCCAAUGCGUGGGUGCCUGUGGGUAUCCAGCCAGCAGCAGUCGCCACCAAAGCCGCAUACGUAUCUCAACUCGACGUCGGGAGUCUCACGCAGCAAAACUACCGUUCGCGGACAUACGCCGUGUUCUCCGACUUGUACUUGAGCUUCGACGUGACAUCGUACUCGACCCAAGUAGUCUACAAGGACGCCGCGGGACAGCCCCUGAGCACAACGAAGCGCUACAGUGUCAAGAUUGGCAGUAGCACGCUCGGGUCGUCCUGGUUCAUCGAGCCGCUGAUGGACACAUAUCAGACGGCCUACCCAAGCGGCUUCUUCCGUCUCCAGCAGAACGGCCUUUACCUCCAGGCCACAGGCAGUACCGUUCAGGCUCAGCCGGGCAAGCAGCCGGACUAUGACUCAACUGCCAAUGCAGGCUGGGGCAGCCCUGGUGGAUCCGACAUCUGGUUCUUGUAUCCGAUUGCUUCGAGCUCCAGCACCGACCUGGCAGAGGCAACAGGUUACAAACUGGUCAAUCGCAACUCGGGUCUGGUGCUGCAGGCCGUGAAUGGCUCAUUCGUCACGGUUCCCAACCAAAUCAGCCAUAAUGCCCAACAGGCCGCCGUCUUUACUGUAGUCUGA